AUGCAACUAGUGUCUAAGACGAUCUCCGUUGAUCCGUUGGGGAGAGGCGGUUUCAGAAGCAUCCAGGCAGCCAUUAACUCCGUGCCUUCAAACAACAAGAUAUGGAUUCAAAUAAACAUCGGAAGAGGCGUGUAUAGGGAAAAGGUUAAAAUACCUUCGGACAAGCCGUACAUCUACCUUAAAGGAGCAGGAAUGACAAACACAGUGAUAGAGUGGAAUGAUCAUGGCUCCAUUGACACGAGCCCGACUUUCGAUUCUCAAGCUCAUCACACAAUCGCGAGGGGCAUCAAAUUCGUGAACUCGUACAACUCUCCCCCUAAUGGUAACAGAAAUCCGGUGGAGAGAGCAGUGGCAGCUCGGAUUCAAGGCGAUAAAUCGGCCUUGUACGAAUGUGGAUUCUUCGGAUUGCAGGAUACACUAUGGGAUGUGGAAGGCAGGCAUUACUACAAAAACUGCAUGAUUGAAGGCGCCAUAGAUUUCAUCUUUGGUACUGCUCAAUCCCUAUACGAGGGGUGCAGCAUAUCAGUAGCUGCAGGGGGUCUGAAGGGAAGCAAAGGCUACAUAACGGCGCAAGGGAGGGUGAAUCCGGGAGACAGCAACGGCUUCGUGUUCAAGCAAUGUAAGAUUUUUGGAAGUGGGCAGGCAUUUCUGGGAAGGCCGUGGAGAAACUACGCGAGAGUGGUGUUCUACGAGACGCAGAUGUCGGAGGUGGUAGUGCCUCAAGGAUGGUAUAUUUGGAACAGCGGCGGGCACGAGGGGCAGCUCACGCUGUCGGAGUAUAAUUCUCACGGCCAAGGGGCCAACAUUCGGGAGAGAGUAGAGUGGGCCAAGAACCUCACUGCCAAAGAGGCCAACACCUUAGCCAGCGUUUCCUUCAUUGAUGAGGAAGGCAGCUGGAUGAAUCAAGUAUUAAGCAUUUUCGAUGCUUAA